UAAAUGGCAUAAUAAUGAGGGGUUACAUUUGACAAUUUAUCUUGUUUUUGAACUGUCAAUGGAUGAGUAUAUAAUUUGGGGUUGAUCAUAAGACUGCACAUUUGAAGGAGGACAGUGUCCCUGGUUGGAGAGGUGAGACAAAAAAGUAGCCCUGAGCACGUACCUAACUGUUUUAGAGGGACUUCUACCCCUGAGCAUGGAUACGAACAACAUUUCAAACUUCAGCAUUGAACGCAUUUUAGGCACUGAAGUGGGACCUUCUUAUACAACUGGAGCCGAAUCUUCACAACAUUUUGCAUGUUUGUCUGGCACCUUCCACCAUGGACACUCAAAUCCACAUAAUGAAAACUGGAAAUAUGGUAUAUAUGGAAAUAUGACAACCGCACACAUGCUGCAGGUUCCGACCAUAUCACACACGUUUGAUUCUAGUAGCAGUUACCUUAGUUAUGGAUCAUUUCAUUGUCAUCAUGCAGAUAUUAAUCUGUGUCCUACUGCAACUCAACACAGAGUUUUCAACGAUGAAAGAGGGUCUCAGCCUCUGUGCACUUACUUGAACCAAGGUGGAAACCAAAUAAAUCGUGGCAGAAUGCGCACAGUGUUCACGGACAGCCAGACCAAACAACUGGAUCAGCUGUUCGAACAAACGAAUUACCCCGGCGUGGAGGGACGGGCUGAACUAGCCAGGAAGAUGGGCCUCACGGAGGAAAGUGUUAGGGUAUGGUUCAAAAACCGUCGUGCGCGCCGAAAGAGGCAGAAGAGCGGCAUCAAGGCCGAAUCCCCAGACCUGGCUACUUCGAAAAGAGACCGGCCAACAGUCUCCGACAAGCGCAGCUUCCAGGGAAACAGCUUCUCAUGAUUCCUCUGAUGAUAACAAGAACAUAUGAUUUCUUUACACUAAUUUAUGUUCACUUGAGUUCAUACGCCAUUAGGCUCCCUCACAACGCGUAAAUAUCCCCAUAUAGCAAUUAAUCGGUGGGCAUUUAAUGUAAAAACUAAAUUUAAUUGUUUAGACCUGCAAUAAAUGCACAUUUGGGCAAUUACA